GUCCGGGCUGAAGGAGGGGAGGGAGGGGUGUGACUACCAGCCGACCGUCGACAGCUCCGGAGUUUCCAGAGCUCAGUGAAAAAAAAGAAAAAAGAUGAGGAGCUGCUCUCUUCUGCCGAACAACGAAGAAAGACUUAAAGUUCAACAGAAAAGAAAGGAACUCAGAUAAUCGACUGCGAUGAAAUGUGCGUCCAAAAGUGCGGGAUUGACUUUAAAAACAAAGCGAACUGCGAGCAUCCAGAGUUGAACACAGUGGACACCGCGCUCCCUGCUCGAGUCUGACCUCCAGUGUCGGCUGCUGGUAUUCUUUGGACAAUGAUCAACUCUCAGAUCCAGCUCCACUACAACUACACAGGAAAGCUGGCCAACCGACCAAGCAUUGGCGCGAGCCCCGGCACUGUGGACACCAAAACCGUAGUUUUCCUCAUCGUUUGCAGCUUCAUCGUCUUGGAGAACCUCACAGUGCUUGUAGCCAUAUGGAGGAACCACAGGUUCCACAACCGCAUGUACUUCUUCAUCGCUAACCUGGCAAUGUGCGACCUGCUGGCUGGAGUCGCAUACCUGGUCAACCUGCUCUUAUCUGGAGAGAAGACCCUGCAGCUCUCACCUGCUCUCUGGUUUGUGAGAGAGGGGAGCAUGUUUGUAGCACUUGGAGCCUCCAUUUUCAGUCUCCUGGCUAUUGCUAUAGAGAGACACCUUACUAUGAUCAAAAUGAGGCCUUAUGAUGCGAACAAGAACUACAGGGUAUUUCUGCUCAUAGGGACCUGCUGGCUGAUUGCUAUAUCUCUUGGAGCUUUGCCUAUUCUGGGCUGGAACUGCCUGAAUAACCUCCCUGAUUGCUCCACAAUCCUCCCUCUUUACACCAAGAAAUAUGUUGCUUUCUGCAUCACGGUUUUCAUACUUUUGCUCUCAGCCAUAGCCAUCCUGUAUGCCCGCAUCUACAUCUUGGUCAAGUCCAGUAGCCGAAAGGUGAGCAAGCACAGCAGUUCAGAGCACGCCAUGUCCCUACUGCGCACUGUCAUCAUUGUAGUUGGAGUUUUCAUCGCCUGCUGGACUCCCCUCUUUGUCCUGCUCCUGGUGGAUGUAGCAUCCGAGCAGAGGUCCCCCAUUCUUUACGAAGCCCACUGGUUCAUUGGGCUGGCGGUGCUUAACUCCGCGAUGAACCCAGUCAUCUACACUCUGGCCAGCCGCGAGAUGAGGCGAGCUUUCCUGGGUCUGGUUUGCGGCUUUUGCUACAAGGCGAAGGCGUCUGUGAACGGAAGCGGAAACAGACAGUCCCUGGAGCCCAGCCGCAGCAGGAGCAAGUCGUGGAGCAGCCAGAACCAGCAGGGCUCCAGGCAGUCAGAGCCGGAGAGAGGACAGGAGUCAGACAGGGGCCACGGAAAGGUUUCAGUGGUGGCUGGAGCAAGCAAAGGUACUGCUGAGGCUGCGAGUGACAGAGAAGAUUAAAAGGAGACAGGAGUAAUUUACAGUAAUACUCUGAGCUUAAGAGUUUGUGCAGUGGUCACAACGGAGAGCAUUGUUCCCAAAAAAAAGUGUUUCUUUAAAUGAAGGGUAGACUUCUGACAUUAGCUGCAGGGCAGUGGUUUCUUUUUGCUAUAUGUUCAUCAUCUGUAAUGUAUGGCUCUUUCAAGUCCAGCCUCCAGUGCUCAAAACUUUGGAGUGCUCAAGAGUUUGGAGACACAUUGUCCUUUUUUUGUUGUUGGGUUUUUUUGCUGGAUAACAGUCACUUCCACAGAUGACUGGUGCUCUUACCCUCAACAGAAAGGACUUUUACCUCUGUAGUUGCAGCUGUGAGCUCCUAUGAUAAAUUAGAAGUGAAAACUGACCCGCAGUUACCAAAUAAGUGCAAUUAUAUCACUGCAAAAACCAAUGUAAUGAAGAAUGAUUGUAGACUAUUAUUAUUGCAAUGACACACA